CAUGAUCACCGCGUACAGUGACGUGGAACUGAGCAUGUAACCAGGAAGAGCUAGCUUAAAAUUCAACAUGCUAACAGGGGAUGCCAAUGAUGAAGAUGUGUCUCUGUUUGAUGCCGAGGAGGAUGCAGGGAAAAGGUCAAAGAAGACAAGCGUUAAGCACCCGGUGGCGUCUUUCUUCCACCUCUUCUUCAGAGUCAGCGGCGUCCUCGUCUACCUGCUCUGUGACAUUAUUGGCGUUAGUUUCAUCGCCUCCAUGGUUACGAUAAUCCUUCUGCUGUCAUGUGACUUCUGGACAGUAAAGAACAUCACUGGCAGGCUGAUGGUUGGGUUGCGGUGGUGGAACCAGGUGGAUGAUGACGGACGAAGCCACUGGGUGUUUGAGUCGAGGAAGGGCACUGAGAAGCAAGUGUCAGAUUCGGAUUCCCGAAUCUUCUGGCUUGGACUGAUCAUCUGCCCGAUCCUCUGGUUGAUCUCUUCCUUCAGCACAUUGUUUUCACUUAAAAUUAAAUGGAUGCCCGUGGUGAUCAUGGGUUUGGUGUUACAAGGAGCGAACCUCUACGGGUAUGUGAAAUGUAAAGUGGGAGGAAAGACCAGCUUAAAGAACGUGGCCACCAAUUACUUCAGCCGACAGUUUCUCAAGCAGGCGCUGUCUAAGCAAGAGGAGUCGUAGAGAGCAGCCUCACUAUUUUAACCUGCAUUAUUCUAAUGCUAUAAUAUAUUUUCUCUUAACAAGUGGACACAAAAACCUUUUCAACAUGAACUGAAAAUAUCAGUUUUUGAUUUUUUUUUUUCUGCUCUUCUUUUUUUCUUUUUGAUAUAAUUUGUGACUGAGUAGAAAAGUUUCCCUGUUCUUCCAUACAGUGGUGAGGUGUGGUCGGUGUUUUCAAUAGCUGAAGCGCAGCAAUAAACUAUGUCUUUAACAAACAGCUGGGGAGCAUGAAUAACAAGAGUCAAGUGUUAGACUUACUAUUGUUUGUGUGUUAGACUAAAUUCCUUCAUGUAUUUAGUUUGUGUUUUUGAUUUUCUUUUACAACUUCAUGGAAGUUUUUGAGGUGUUUGAGAGACUGUAAAGUAUUCCAGGAGACUUGUAAAUAUGUAAGUAAAGAAACUAUAUUAAACCUC